AUUAUUUAUUUAUUCAAACCUACAUACAUAUAUGUAGGUUAUAACUCAAAUAAGUAUAAAGUGCAUGGAUGCUUCAAGAAAUACACAGUCAAAAUUUUACAGGAGACAUUUUGUGAGAUGGCUGGCUGGAUAGUUAGUUCAUGGUGGUUGAUCUGGAGGAGCCGAGCGGAGCUGAAUCUGAAUCCGAAUGGAGAGAGGAGCAGCAGCACCGCGGCUGGGUGAUGGUGGUAGUGGUGGUGGUAAUGAUGGUGGGGGAGAGGAAAAGAAAGGAGGAAGAUUUGAUGAACAUGCGGAUGGAGGGAGAGGCAAAGCGAGGGAGAGAGAGAGAGAAAAUGGAGGGAGCGAGAGAGCUGUGCGCUCACUGGAAGAAGAGAGGGAGAGAGGGCGAGAGAUGGAGGCGGGGGGGAAAAAAAGUCUGGCGGCUCUGCGGGGACUGGAGCGCCCCAUGCCCUGGACCGGCGGCGCACUGCUGGCCAACAUUCAACCCUCCCCUUGUUCCACAACCACUUCCACACACACAGCACAGCGCCUGCCACAGGUAGGGCUCGCCCCGCCGCCUCCUCCUCGUCGUCUUCGCUUAAACCGACCGUCUGAGAGCAAAACAGCAGCAAGACUAGCUCCGGUGAGCCAUUGAAAAGACCCUGCUUCCCUUCUGCCGCCGCCAUACGGCUAGUUACGAACACCCCGCCGCACUGCACUGCACUCAACCCAGCUACCCCAGUAUCUCCCUCGACAUCGGUUGAAAAUCGAGCUUACGGACGAGUUUAACGAGAAGAUUGUAGAGAAUGAAUGGAGGCAUGGAUUCUGCUAGUAAAGAACAAGUCUGGGCUCAGGAUGAUUUGCUGAAGCUCCUGGAUGCCAUGAAAGUGAAUCUUCCAGAGAAGGACUUGGUCAAGUAUAAGACAUCUGAAGCCCACCUGAACUGGGAGAAGGUGGCAUUUAACACAUUCUCAGCCGAGAUGUGCAAAAAGAAAUGGAUUGAGGUCUCGAAAGAGAUCCGCAAAUUCCGCACACUGACAGAGCUAAUUGUGGAUGCUAAAGAUUAUAUCAAAAAUCCCUACAAAGGAAAAAAGCUGAAGAAACACCCAGAUUUUCCCAAGAAGCCACUGACACCUUACUUCCGCUUCUUCAUGGAAAAGAGGGCGAAGUAUGCCAAGCUUCACCCAGAAAUGAGCAAUCUGGACCUAACAAAAAUUCUCUCAAUGAAAUACAAGGAGUUGCCAGAGCGUAAAAAGGAGAAAUAUGUAAAUGAUUUUCUGAAAGAAAAGGAAGCCUUUGUUCUUAACAUGUCAAAGUUCAAAGAGCUGCAUCCAGACCUGCUAGAGACUACGGGUAAGAAGAACUCCAAUGUUCCAGAAAAGCCCAAAACCCCUCAGCAGCUGUGGUACAACCAUGAAAAGAAGGCUUUCCUUAAAUGCCACGCAGAGGCCACCACCAAAGACAUCAAGGACAGUCUGGGGAAGAAGUGGACACAGCUGUCAGACAAAAAGCGACUGAAGUGGAUUAACAAGUCCCUGGAACAUCUUAAAGAGUAUGAGGAGAAGAUGCGUGAAUUCAUUCAGCAGCACCCAGAGCUGAACAUGACUGCAGACGAUAUUGUCAAGACCAGUCUAACCAAAGCAGAAAGACAGCUUAAAGACAAGUUCGAUGGCCGGCCAGACAAACCACCAUCAAACGGUUAUUCGAUGUUCUGUGCCGAGCUGAUGUCAAAUAUGAAGGACGUUCCCAGUACAGAGCGCAUGGUCAUGUGCAGCCAACGCUGGAAAUUGCUCAAACAAAAUGAAAAGGACGCCUACCAGAAGCGCUGCGAGCAGAAAAAGAAAGAAUUUGAAGUUGAGAUGACCCGAUUCCUUUGUAGCAUUUCAGAAGAGGAGCAGCAGAGAAUCUUGGCAGAGCAGAAGAUGGUGGGCUUUAAAAAAGGUGGCAGCCCAGCCUCCAAAAAGAAAAGCUCAAAAGCAAAGGCCACUCCAGAGAAGCCUAAGCGGCCAAUCUCUGCCAUGUUCAUCUUUGCUGAAGAAAAGAGGCCCAAGCUUCAGCAGGAGAGGCCUGACCUGUCUGAGAGUGAGCUUACAAGACUCCUAGCCCGCAUAUGGAAUGACCUCUCGGACAAGAAGAAGGAAAAAUACAAGAACCUGGAGGCAGUGCUGAAGGCUGAGUCUGAGAAAAGGGGAAAGGAAGAGAAAGGCAAGCUGCCGGAUCCACCCAAGAAUGCACAGGACAUUUGGCAACACAGUGUCAUCGGCGAUUAUAUGGCUCGAUUUAAGAAUGACCGACCAAAGGCGGAGAAAGCCAUGGAGGCCACUUGGAACACAAUGGAGAAGAAGGAGAAAAUCAUGUGGAUCAAAAAGGCUGCAGAAGACCAGAAGAGAUAUGAGAGAGAGCUGAGUGACAUGCGCUCUCCUCCUGCAGUGGUUGCCUCAGGGAAAAAGAUGAAGUUUGAUGGAGAGCCCAAAAAGCCACCAUCAAAUGGCUAUCAGAAGUUCUCUCAGGAAAUGUUGUCCAAUGGGGAGCUGAAUCAUCUUCCCAUGAAGGAACGGAUGGCAGAGAUCGGGGGCCGCUGGCAGAGGCUCGCUCAGAAGGAGAAAGACCGUUAUAAGAAGAUUGCAGAGGAGAAACAGAAGCAGUACAAAGUUCAGCUUGAACAGUGGCUUGCUAGUUUAUCAUCUCAAGAGAGAGCUACUUAUAGGGAAUACAAUUCUUUAAAACGGAAGGGUGCAGCUAAACCAGGUGGCAGCAGCGCUAAACAGAAACCCAAGUCCAAGACCUCUGAUGAUGACGAUGAUGAUGACGACGACGAGGAUGACGAUGAUGAUGAUGAGGAUGAGAAGGAUUCUGAAUCAUCCAGUGCAGAGGACAGUGAUGAAGGGGAUGAUGACGAUGAGGAUGAGGACGAAGAUGAUAACGAUGACGAGGAUGAGGAAGAUGAUGAAGAGGCAGAGGAUAAAGAAAACAAAUCGGAGAGCAGCAGCAGUGGGUCUAGCUCAGAUGGUUCAUCAGAUUCGGACUCAGACUGAGAGGGUGACUGAGCAGAGCGUGAGCCCGCAGACUGCCAGAGAGCCUGUGAACUGAGCCAUUAGUCAGAGCCAUGGGCCUGCACUGCACUCCCUCCAGCCACCAGAAGGAGCUCCCUCCACUGUCACCACCACCACCACCACAACCACCACGUCCACAACCUCUUUCAGCUACCAUGUCUUUCAAUCUUCUUUCGCUGUUCUUUCUUUUCUUUCUUUAUUUACUGUAUCAAUGAGCUUGUUUAAGUUUAAGAAGGAAACAGAAUGAAUGAGGGGAAAGUAUUUUUUUUUAUGCAGGUGCUUUAAAAAAAAGAUGCUGGUGGUUCCAUAAAGCAGUCCCUAAUCAUCACAUUUAGUGUCUGAAGCCAUUAAUGUAGAAUGAUGUAGAAUAGGGAUUAUAUCCGUUCUGUUUCCAGUCUUUUUGUAGGGGAGUAACAGACCCACAAGCCAAAGAAUCUGGAUUUCUUUCGGGAGGUAAAGGGGACCAAAUACUUGCACUCUUAAAAAAAAUGUCUGCCCUGUUUUUCCCCAUCUCCUUCUAGCCAUCCUAGUCACAAUCAUCCUGCCUUUACAAACCUUUGUAUAUUUUCUUCCUCCUGCUUUCUCAUUUCCGACGGUGGUGCACUUCUGCUUCUAUAGGUCUUGGGUUCAUAAUGUGGUAUCUUCAGGAACAAUGGUGCGAUUUUUGAAUUUGAAUGUCUGUCCCAUUUGGUUUGUGUUAAUCUACACAAGCCUAACUUGUUCAUGACAUGUACAUAAGCCACCAACAGCUAUGUUUGGUGGGAUGUUUUGUUUGUGGAAGACCUGGAUUCUUCAGUUUGAGGAGAUGGAGUUUUAAUAUUUUUCAAAAAGAAAAAUUUAAGAAAACUUACUUGGAGUUUUUUGUAAUUAAAACCAUAAAGCUUAAUGAAAGAGAUUAUGUCCUAAAAUGUUUCCUUUGGCCCAGAUAUGUCCAGCUUUGAGAGGAGUUCCUACCGACAACCCUGCUGCUAACUUCUCGUUAGUUAUAUUUAGAACUGAUGUUGGUGUCCAUCCGAGCUGUUUUUAUUUUUCCAGUUUUUUAUUUGAAGCUGCUUAGCAGGACUUUUCUUUUUUUAAAGAAAAAAAAAACAAUGUUUGGUUUGUUUUACAUGUCUGCUAAAAGUUUAGACUGGUUUAUCUUAAAUGUUUGGUUUGUUUUAAUCGUCUGUUAAGAGUUUUUUGACUGGUUUCUUUUAAAUAUUCAAUUGUAAUAUGAAUAUGGCCCACAACGCUGUGCACUUAUCUCAGACAGCCUCACCAGCCAUCUGCCCCCUCCAUGUUUCUUUUCUCCCUCUUUUUCUCAUUCCUCAUCCCUCGCUCUUCAUGUGUGCUUCCCCCAUCUCCCCCCUUUUCACAUCGUUCAACCACUGAUAUGACCGUUGCUGUUCUACUGAGCACCAGCUCAAGGAAUGUAAAGGAAUGUUGUAUUUAAUACAGGAGAAAAUCCUUUGUUGUGUGUGCGUGUAUAUAUAUAAUAAGUUUUGGGUUGCUGUUUUUUUUCCCUCCCCUUUUCCGAGGCUGUCGUUUUUGUUUUUUCUGUUUUAUUUCCCCUAGACAUUGUAUAAAGAUUUUGCUGGAGUUUAAGCUAUGUGCUUUUCCACCUCUUGAAUCACUGGUGGUGUCUGUUACUUGCUAUGUUAUUUACCCCCAACACCCAAAGGACACAGAUCUUUUAUCAGUGCCCUUGAAAAUGAGGAAGAGGGUAAGGUCUGUCUCAUGUAUAAAGCUGAAUGGAUUUGGCAGAUCUGGAAGAGCAUAAUGGUUAUAGUGGUUAUUAAUGAUUAUAAUGAUAUGAUGGUGGUGAGGAACAAGGGAAUGGGACAUACACAGUCCAUUUGUAGAUUUGAUGAUAGGAAUAGAAACAAUGAGAUCAGAGGGGAUGGAUUUGGUUCACUGCUGUUGUAAGGUAUUUGUAAAUACAUCGUUUUUCCUAUUCUUCUAUUGUUAUUAUACUUAAUUUUUUUUUUUUUUUUUUGUAUUGAGUGAACAUUGUAUUUUCAUUUGGCCAAGCUGUCCCCUACGUGGUUCUUGUAGUGGCCAGUGGUCUGAAUUUGUCAAUUGCUCUGAGGGAAAGAUUUUAAUUUGGUAUGUUUUAGUUUUUAUACCCCUCAGCUGUUUGUUUAUUUGUAGAAAUGGCAAAAAAUAAUAAUUUGUACUGCUGAUAAUUUGGAACAUUUGGAUGUUUUCUAUAGUCGGAGGUGUUAUUCCUGGAAUUUACCAUUUGAUCAAAUAAACCUGUCUUUAGCAA